UGCCGUAUCCUUCCUAAUUUCGAUGCUAAUGUUUGCUUCUGGAAAACCGUUGUCCAAAAAAUGUAUAUUUCUUCCAUUUUCAUUCCUAGAAUCUGAAGGUGCAGAUACUCCUCGUAAUGAUCUCGACCUGGAAAGUGAGUGGGAACCGAAGGAAAGUGCAUGUCAAGAAUCCGAAGAAAGGUCACUGUCAAAUGUGCCCCAAGAUCAUUUCAAUGAGGAUGGCAGUACCAUUACUGAAAUAGAAAUGGUUGGGGCCUGCACGAGAAGUAGAAGUGUUAUCAGGGAAAGUGAAGGUGAUUUAUCACCAAAAUCAACUUCAUCCGUUUUUCAACAGGUUGAUACUAGCCCAGUUCAGUCACCAGAUGCUAAAAGAUCUAAGGGAGAAAGAAACGUGGAGGAAUUUGACUUUGUGCGUAGAGCAAUAUGUUUCGAAAGCAAGGAGGGCACUGUAGCAAUAGAAUGUAAAGUAGACUUCGUGGAGAUAGUUGACAGUAAUGAUGAAAGUAUCAGUAGCGAUGAAAGCGAAAUAACCAGUGGUCAUGAAAGUGACAUCGAAGAGGGGCAGGAGGAUUCUGAGCAGGAAUCUAACAAAUAUUACGAAGACGACAAGCGUGUCCCAUACCAUGAGAAAGGAAUAAGCUCUGCAUGUUCAAGUGAAGAGGCUGUCGACAUUUUAAUGAGAGUAAAAGAGCCCGUCUGUACCGAAGUGCCACUUCAGGUUAUGGAAAACGCCUCGUUUUUGGUUGACGUAGACGCCCUUGUCCAUCCGGAUGAUUGUAAAGCUGACGAUCUUGGCAAGUGGACUCAUACUGGUUCUCCAAAAAGCUACAUUUCCGUUGACCGCAACGUGAGGGGGGACAUCUUGGAUCUGAAGAUAACAAGGCAAAAGAGAAACGACACCGACUUCAUAAUGGUUGUCAAACGCUGUCUUCAUCAUGACAAAGAAGCUAAAUACCGCAAGAGGUUAUCCUUCUUGUACGGCAGCAAGUGGCAAAGGCACCGACUUGUCUUGCUUCAGUACUUUUAUGCAGAGGAGGAAGUGCAACUGAAACUUAAACAGCAUGGAAACUCUAAAAACAGCAACGAGCCCUAUGUGCGAACAAGACCAAGCGCCAUUCAAGAACUGAAGGAAACUGUAUCAUCAGGGAAAUGGCAACCCAGGGAGGUCUUUUUCGAAUCAGUUCGUCGACAAGGGGAGUUGGAAUUCUGUCGUUCCAAAAGUGAGCUGCCGCGAAAUGCAAAACAAGUGAGUAACGCAUUAACUUCGUCUACAACCUCCUUUGAGCCUUCCACCAACCAAAGUAGAGAUUUCUUGCUAGAGGCGAUGGAGAAGUGCAAGAGCAAAGAUGGCCUCGUUAGAGAAGUUGUUGGUGCGCCAGAACUUGCUAUUUGCUGUGGUUCGUAGAAUAGCAACAAAUUUACGUUUUC